AAAAGAAGAAUCUAUAAUUAAACGGAGGAGUUGAGCAAUGCCACUUGUACAAAAUAUAAUAAUUUCAAUUGUAUAUUCAUAGAUCUUAAGAGUCUGACUCAGCUUCGUUAUCCUUCUCUAUAACCUCAUAUCACCAAUAAGAUUUCGUAUUCACCAGUCACCAUGUCCAUUCUCCUCAAGCCACAUAGUUAUCCAAGGCCAUUAUUCUCAUAUAUAUAUUUUAGUGUUCAUGAUUAAUUACAAUAUUAUUAAUUAUGUAAUAAUUAUUAUUAUUCAGUUUGUAUGGCCUAGCAUCAUCCACUGUUCAACUGAGUCUAUCUGUUAUCCAUAGACGCUAGACAUGUGGAUUUCUCUCGUAAGCUAUUGGGCCCAUGCGAUUGGAUUAGUAAAACCACUUAUUAUAUAUAUCAACUUUAUACUAUUUUACAACUAACUUAAUCAUCUUAUUCAUUAGACUGUUUUCUUUUUCUUUUUCUCUCUCUCUCUCUCUCUCCCUCAUUUCUUAUUUUCCUUUUCCCUUUCUUAUUUUCUUCGACUUAGACCACCAAAUAACAUAUAGUGGAUAGGAUCCAAAAAAAUAAAAAUAAAAUAAUAAUGCCAAUGUAAAUAAAAAAAAUUGAAAAUUGUCCACUAGUUUUCCUUUUCCAAAUUCGAGAAUAAAAAGCGUACCGGUCUCUACAACCUCCAUUUUCCCCAUUACCCUUUAAUGGCUCUCCUACAACACUACACAAAAUGAAAAAAUAAACAAAACAGCACAUACAGUUUUUUUUUUUUAUUUCUUUCUUUCUCCUCACUUGAAGUAAAAAAUGGCAAGUACUCCAGUCACCGUUGAUCAUGAUGACCCCAAAAACCCACUUCUGCCAGUGAUUACUGACCAUCCGAUCCAACGCCCAGCUGAAAGCUUCCAAUUCAGUCUCCAAUCCAUUCUAACACCCAAAAACGUGUUCAUCCUUUUGGGGCCUUUAUUGUGCGCGGUGAUAUGUCUAUGCGUGAAGCUAGAUGGCCCCACUAGUAGCCGAAACAUGCUGGCUGUGCUGGCGUGGAUCUUCGUUUGGUGGAUGACCGAGGCUGUUCCCAUGCCAAUCACCUCAAUGGCGCCACUCUUCCUUUUCCCUCUAUUUGGAAUCUGCUCCUCUGAUGACGUGGCACACUCUUACAUGGAUGAUGUUAUCGCCCUUGUUCUCGGCAGUUUCAUAUUAGCUCUUGCAGUUGAGCAUUAUAACAUUCACAGAAGAUUAGCACUCAACACAACACUGAUUUUUUGUGGUGACCCGGUAAACCCACCACUAUUGUUGCUGGGCAUAUGUGGCACGACAGCAUUCGUUAGCAUGUGGAUGCACAACGUGGCAGCUGCCCUGCUGAUGAUGCCCGUGGCCACGGGCAUCCUCCAGCGCUUCCCGACGGGCUCCGCACAAUCUCCCUUAGUCAACAAAUUCUGCCGAGCUGUGGUUCUGGGAGUCAUAUACUCUGCUGCUAUUGGAGGAAUUAGCACCCUCACCGGUACAGGUGUCAAUCUUAUAUUGGUUGGGAUGUGGAGGAGCUAUUUCCCUGAACAAAAUCCCAUUAGUUUCAACACGUGGUCCUUCUUUGCCUUUCCUUUAGCUCUGGUAAUAUUCUUUGCCUUGUGGGUCAUACUUUGCUGUUUGUACAUCCGGAGAGGUUCCAGCCAGGCCCUUUCUGCUUAUUUGGACAGAGACCAUUUGAAGAGAGAGCUCCAAUUGUUGGGUCCGAUGUCCUUUGCUGAGAAGGUGGUGUUAGCUGUAUUCUCGAUGUUAGUAGUUUUAUGGAUGACAAGAAGAUUAACAGACGACAUUCCCGGUUGGGGUGCACUCUUCAACGGUCGAGCUGGGGAUGGAACUGUCAGCGUAAUGAUGGCAACGUUGUUAUUCAUAAUACCAAACAAGAAGAAACCAGGUGAGAAGUUAAUGGACUGGAACAAAUGCAAGAAGCUUCCUUGGAAUAUCAUACUCUUAUUAGGAGCUGGUUUUGCUAUUGCGGACGGUGUCAAGACCAGUGGCCUUGCCGAGAUAUUAUCUAAAGCCUUGGACUUUUUGGAGAAAGCUCCUUACUGGGGCAUUGCCCCGGCUGUGUGCCUCAUAAGUAGUCUCAUCACUGAGUUCAUGUCCAAUAAUGCCACCACCACGCUUGUUAUACCUAUCCUUAUUCAGAUAGCCAAAAGCAUGCAUGUUCACCCUUUACUUUUCAUGAUUCCGGGAUCUAUUGGGGCUCAGUUCUCCUACUUGCUUCCCACCAGUACACCUUCUAACAUCGUUGGAUUUUCAACUGGCCAUAUCGAAAUGGUAGACAUGAUCAAGACUGGCUUGCCACUUAAGAUUGUUGGAAUUGCAGUCAUGUCUAUCUUAAUGCCCACUCUUGGUAAGCAAAUACUCUUCUUAUUCAUAUAUUUACUCAUAUCUUAAUGUCCAUUCCAAGGUCAAUUGAUUUUAUAUUUGCAUAUUUGUAAUGGUGUUAGUAAAAUUUUAUUGUGCAGGAGCUUAUGUAUUUGGAACUGACAGAGCAAUUUAAGAGCAUCCGUAGUUUAAAACAGAGCAACUCUGUUUUGUAAUAUUACUGGCGUUCUGUUUUGUAAUACACAGCAAAAAGUAAAUGUUAUAUAGUUCUCAUCGAA